UUUUUGUUUGUUUUGCAACUUUACUUUUAUUUUUGAACAGUUGUUUGCAGUCCCCAAGCCCCCUUCCUUCGUUCCCAGUUCCUUCCCCCCUCCUUGCCACCUCCACGUCGCUGAUGCCUCUGCAAAAAUCAGAGUCAAGACGGCUCAGUUAGCAGCAUGUCUCGUCGAAAGCAAGCGAAACCCCAGCAUCUCAAAUCGGACGAAGAGCUGCAAGCAGAGGUAGUUUCUGAGCACGCAGUCUCAGGAGAAGGAGCAGAUGAUGGUGAUAGCGGGAACGAGAGCAGGAGCGGAAGCGAAGAAACCAACGUCUGUGAGAAGUGCUGCGCUGAGUUCUUCAAGUGGACUGACUUCCUGGAGCACAAAAAGAGCUGCACUAAAAACCCCCUGGUGCUGAUUGUCAAUGAAGAUGAACCAGCUCCACCACCUGCUGAGGAAUUCCCUGAUCCCUCGCCUGCGAGCUCUCCCAGUGACCAGGCAGAGAGUGAAGCUGCUGAAGAAGGCGUCCAGGCAGAAAACAAUGACAGCUCUGAGGUAAAAAACACAGAAAAGGAAGAAGAGCCAAUGGAGGUAGAAACUUCUGCAGAGAAAAGUUUCCAGAAUCAACGCACCUCAAACACAGCUACUCCUCUACCUCAGAUCCCUGAACCAUCUUCCAUGACAAGCUAUAACAUGCCAAACACUAACGUCACACUAGAGACUCUGCUGAGCACGAAAGUGGCAGUCGCGCAGUUCUCGCAGAGUGCACGGGCCACUACUUCCACGAGCAUCAGCAGUGGGGUGACGGCUGUGGCCAUCCCCAUGAUUCUAGAGCAGCUCAUGGCCCUGCAGCAGCAGCAGAUUCACCAGCUCCAGCUGAUCGAGCAGAUCCGCAGUCAGGUGGCGAUGAUGAACCGCCAGCCUCUGCGACCGUCCCUCAACCAGAUCGUGGCCGCCCAGGGUGGUCCUGGGCAAGCCUCCAACCAGCUGCAGGGGUUUGCCACCAGCGCUGCUGUCCAGCUCACUGCAGUCAUUCCUUCUGCCAUUGUGGGGCAGGCCACUAGUGGUCAGUCCACUGCCUUCGACAGCUCUCAGCACAUCUCGAGACCUACAUCUGGAAAAAGUACACCCAAUAUAUCCAGCAGUGGCUCUUCUGCCCUGCCUGAAUCAGGUGUAUCUUCCUCCUCAAACGCAAUUACGUCCAUAACUCCCAUUUCUGUGUCAAAUGCUAAUAGUGCUUCACAGCCCCAGAAUGGUUCAACUCUACCUUCAAUAGGACAUGGAAGCCUCACCUCGGUAUCCAGCCUGCCAAACCCACUUCUACCUCAGACUUCAUCAAAUAGCGUGAUCUUCCCCAAUCCGCUGGUUAGCAUUGCCGCAACUGCUAACGCGCUCGAUCCUCUGUCCGCCCUUAUGAAGCACCGCAAAGGAAAGCCACCAAAUGUGUCAGUGUUUGAACCCAAAUCAAGUUCUGAGGAUCCCUUUUUUAAACAUAAAUGCCGAUUUUGUGCCAAGGUCUUUGGAAGUGACAGUGCUUUACAGAUUCACCUCCGCUCACAUACAGGCGAAAGACCAUUUAAGUGUAACAUAUGUGGAAACCGCUUUUCCACAAAGGGCAACCUGAAAGUUCAUUUUCAGAGGCAUAAAGAGAAAUACCCUCAUAUUCAGAUGAACCCUUAUCCUGUUCCAGAAUACCUCGAUAAUGUGCCCACCUGCUCUGGAAUCCCAUAUGGGAUGUCACUGCCCCCCGAAAAGCCGGUCACAACAUGGUUAGACAGUAAACCUGUUUUACCAACUGUCCCAACUUCCAUUGGGCUCCAGCUGCCCCCCACUAUAGCUGGUGUGAACAGUUACGGAGACUCUCCAAGUAUCACUCCUAUGAGCAGGUCACCCCAGAGGCCUUCUCCUGCCUCCAGUGAAUGCACUUCUCUAUCCCCGAGCCUCAACACUUCUGAGUCGGGCGUUCCAGCAUCUGCUGAAUCCCCGCAGCCUGUUCAGAGUGGCUCAUCUCUGACCAAGACAGAACCUAUCUCUCUGCCUCCCACGAGCACACGGCUUGGAGACCUUUCUGCAGGUGGGCAAGUUUCUGCAGCUGCCACGUCUUCAAUUCCUACGGUGGUUACAGACAGCAGUGUUGCAACAAGCCUCCCAAACCCUGUGCUUCCAGCAGUGUCUGACCAGUUUAAGGCAAAGUUUCCAUUUGGUGGUCUGCUAGACUCUAUGCAAACAUCAGAAACCUCAAAACUUCAACAGCUAGUGGAGAACAUUGAUAAGAAGAUGACAGAUCCAAAUCAAUGUGUCAUUUGUCACCGUGUGCUUAGUUGUCAGAGCGCUCUCAAGAUGCAUUACAGAACACAUACAGGAGAAAGACCAUUUAAAUGCAAAAUUUGUGGACGUGCCUUUACUACAAAAGGCAAUCUAAAAACACAUUUUGGAGUUCAUCGAGCAAAGCCACCACUUAGAGUACAGCACUCGUGUCCCAUUUGUCAGAAGAAAUUUACAAAUGCGGUUGUUCUUCAGCAGCACAUUCGUAUGCAUAUGGGUGGGCAAAUUCCUAACACGCCACUACCAGAGGGCUUCCAGGAUGCCAUGGACUCAGAGCUUUCCUAUGAUGAGAAGAAUGUUGACACACUGAGCAGCUUCGAUGAUGACAUUGAUGAAAAUUCUAUGGAAGAAGACCUGGAACUAAAGGACACGGCAAGUGAUUCAUCCAAACCCCUUAUCUCUUACUCUGGGUCAUGUCCUUCGUCACCACCUUCUGUGAUCUCCAGUAUUGCUGCUUUGGAGAAUCAAAUGAAAAUGAUUGAUUCUGUCAUGAACUGUCAGCAGCUGACCAGUUUAAAAUCCAUAGAAAAUGGAUCAGGGGAAAGUGACCAUUUGAGCAAUGACUCCUCAUCAGCUGUUGGUGAUCUUGAAAGCCAGAGUGCAGGCAGCCCUGCAAUGUCAGAGUCUUCUUCCUCCAUGCAAGCUUUGUCUCCUGUGAAUAGCAAUAGUGAAAGUUUCAGAUCAAAGUCCCCCGGUCUCAGUAACCAGGAAGAGCCACAAGAAAUACAAUUAAAGACAGAAAAACCAGACAGUCCACCACCCACAACUGAAAAUGGAGGCGCAUUAGACCUGACAUCCACCAACCCGGGAAGACCGGUCAUCAAAGAGGAGGCUCCUUUUAGUCUGCUGUUCCUGAACAGAGAACGUGGUCCCAGCCAAAGUACUCCUAGCCUGGUCACCAGUACAGCACCAACCAUGAUCAAAAUGGAAGUGAAUGGUCACAGCAAGCCGAUCUCUUUGGGUGAGGUUCCCUCGCUUCCAGCUGGAAUCCAGGUUCCUGCUGCACCACAGACAGUGAUGAGUCCGGGGAUCACCCCUAUGCUGGCACCCCCCCCUCGCCGGACUCCCAAGCAGCACAACUGUCAGUCGUGCGGGAAGACCUUCUCCUCAGCAAGUGCACUGCAGAUACACGAGCGCACCCAUACCGGUGAAAAACCGUUUGGUUGCACAAUCUGUGGUAGAGCUUUUACCACAAAGGGGAAUCUUAAGGUUCACAUGGGGACUCAUAUGUGGAAUAACGCCCCUGCACGCCGUGGUCGACGACUCUCCGUGGAAAACCCCAUGGCUUUGCUCGGUGGCGAUGCUCUCAAGUUCUCCGAGAUGUUCCAGAAGGAUUUGGCAGCUCGGGCCAUGAAUGUUGACCCCAGUUUUUGGAACCAAUACGCUGCAGCUAUCACUAAUGGACUUGCUAUGAAGAACAAUGAGAUUUCUGUCAUACAGAACGGAGGCAUUCCUCAGCUCCCAAGGUCAAAAGAGCUGCCUGUUUUUUACGUCUAUGUGUAACACUAGCAUAAUGAGUGAUGAAGUCUUCAGUGAUGUGAUCAGGUAUGUGCAUAGCUCACAGGAUUUGUUGACAAACAUGCCAUUCACACUCCCUCCUUCAGAUGAAGGCAUGAAGCUCGUUAGUGCUGCUGGUAGAGGGCAGCCACAGAUGGGCAGGAGGAUGGAAGUCCUUAUCCUAAAUUCACUCUGCCUGUUGUUACACCACUGAAGCUCUUUGGCCUUUAGUGGAGAUACUCCAGGUUUGUUCUGGUGCAAGACGGACUGCUUCCAGUUUCAGAUGUCUUGCUUUUCCUUAUGCAUUUUCAAAACAAUGGCUAGCUAUACAGUAUUUUAAAGAAAGCCUAAGCAAAAGCAUUCCAGACUUUAUUUUCAAAAGAAGGAAAAGAGAAUACAUAUAUUUUAGUACAUUCCACAGGAUUAUCUCUGUUUUAAAGGAGGUCCUGAAAGAUGAAUAUAAAAAAAUAUAUGGCUGUGCCCCUUAAUAUAUAAUUUGAUGACAUCAUAUGACUAUUCAGAGUAUUCACAUAAAUGAGUAAAAUAACCUGUGAUUUUAUGCAUAUAAGCAAAAGAAUGGGAGACUCCUGCUACAGCUCUGCUAUACAAGGUAUGCACUCACAGGGAAGUGCCUUGCCUUGCAGAUAUGAAAGGUAUCAGCAGACUUAUGAAAAGAAAAAUACAUGUUUGUGCAUGUCACAGGACCAAUGUAUAGUACCUUAUUUUUUCAAAGGGAGAAUGUCUCAAUCAAUUGACUAAGUGACAAAUUCGAAAGCCAACAGCUUUGGGCUGUGCCACUGACAUUCUUAAGGAAGUGGGCAAGUUCUUAAUUCAACUAAUAUUUUGCUUAAGAACAACAUACUUCUGGGGCCUCUGGGAAUCAGGAACUCAGGCCUCUGGAAUCCCCUUGCAGCAUCAGCUAGCACCUUGUAGUAUUGGGAUGAGUUGCCCCAUCAGUAAGACGGGGUAAUACUUUUGUACCUACCUCACAGGGGUGUUGUGAGGAAUAGUCUUAUGUUUGUAUAGUGUUUCAAAGAUGGAAAAUGCUUGGUAUUAUCACUGAGUUUAGAGACUUUACAGUACAUGUACUAUUAUUUAUUAUUUGUACUCCAGUAGUACCUAUGAGCUCCAGUCAAGACUGAGAGGCCUUAUCCUAAAUGUUGUACACUCACCUAGUUGGGACUGAUAGAAAAUUUUACUCAGUAACAUUUAUCAGUGGAGAUAUUUCAUUAUCAAAUGCCUAUUUGAUUCCUAUAGGGUUUAAUUAAAUUAUUUAGAUAUUUAAAUUGAUUAUCAGUUUUAGGCUAUGGCAGAGAGAAUUAUCUAGUAUCACAUUCUGUUUCAAACUUAUAUUGAUUUUCAGAAAAAGUGCACCAAUUUUCUAUGGAUACUCUACAAACAAAUCUUGCCAUUAGUGGAAUUCUACUGUACUUUUUCCUAUUAAAGAUAAAUAUUAAAUUACAUGUGUGUGUAUACAUUAUUAUACACCAAUACAUUAUAUAUGCCUAUAAACAUGUAUGUUUUAAUUUUCUUUAGCUCCUUAGAUUAAUUUCAAACUGUAUGUGGCAUAUUUUGCUCAAAAAUUGCCCAUUUCAGAUGCAACUUAAACAUCGUUAAAUGGUGUUGGCUCUCGGUAAAGAUAUAAAAACUGGAAAACAUGACAACGAAAGACAUAUUGUUGCUAUCAUAUUUAUGAAGGCUUGCAAGGAAAGUGUCUAACUCUCAAAUGUAGUAAAUAACCUUCAGUAAAUCAUAGAAGUCUACUUAGAUUAUGUUGAAAUAAACUACUACAUCAGAAUAAGAUCACUGCAUAUAACUAUGUUAAAAUGAAUAAAUAAUUCCAAAGGUAAUGUUUGCUAUCAUUUGGAUGUUGAACAGAAAGUAAUUUGUUUCCCAGACUGGCAAGCCAUAAGUUAGUAUGUUUUUACAGGUAUCUGAUUUACAAUACUGUGUUAAGCAGCCUCUUUAGCAUCUGGUCAUAUGCUAAAUAUAUUGGCUCAAUUAAUUCUA